UAAAUAUACAAAAACCACUUAACAAGUAACUUUAACCCAAAAAUAACAAUUCUCUCUAGCUUCUUUCAAUUUUCAAAUGCAACCAUGUCAUCACUGCUCCACUCCCAAAUCUCUUUUCCAUUAGAACCUCGCACCAGCUCCAACAAGAACACCACCAAAACACGACCAUGUAUCGCUCAAUUAUACAACAAAAAGACACAUUUCAUCAAUCUUGUUUCCAAACCUACAUUUCUACCAAACCUAAGGAAGAAUUGCUCAAUUGAAAAAUGGAAAGCGCGUGCCAGCGACAAUGAAUCAAGCGACGUUUCUCCUGAAUUCCUCCCAGCAAGUCCUUCACCGGUUCACAUUGUUCAUGAAUUCUAUGAGGCUUUCAAUAAAAAAGACACCGAAACAUUGAAGCAACUACUUUCUCCUAAAUGUGUCUAUCAGGACCUACUUUUCUACACUGCCUAUGAAGGCCAAGAGAGCAUCAUACACUUUUUGCAAAGUGCGAUGGAUGCAAUGGGUCCAAAUAUUCAUGUUUUUGUGGAAGAUGUCAAGGAGACCAACCAUGUCAUGGUCACUGUGUUCAUGCAUUUAGUAUGGAAAGAAAAAAAGUUGCCCUUCACAAGUGGAUGUAGAUUCUUUACUUUUGAAGAAGUUAAAGGAAAAUAUUUUAUCAGCAAGAUAACUGGCAUGGAGGAAUUUCCACUAAAACCUGGUGAAUUUGUGCUGAAACUUCUAAAAGGAAUUGGCAAUAUUCUGGAUAACUAUCCUCUAGCAGCAGGAGCUAUGCUUGAUUCCCAUGCCUCACGACAAGAUGGGGCAAGUGACAAACAUUUCGAUUUCGAUUUCUUUGGACCGAAACAUUAGCAUUGCUUAACUGUGUAAAUUACUUACAGUAUCGUCAUAUGUCGUUUUUCAUAAGAAAUAAAAUUGUAUUAAUUGGUAGAAACUCAUAGAUUGGUGUUUAUGCCAUGCUUAUUGUGAAGAACUGUGUACUAAUGAUCAUCUAGAUGAUUGAUCAUGUUCCGUAAUAUUUUCAUAAGAAAAGCUUAAUUCGUUUGAUGAUGAUGACUACUAAUUCUAAGUUCUGCGUCAACUUUAGAAAAUCAACA